AUGGAUAUUUUAAAAGUAACUCUCGUUCUUCAGAUUGUUUCAUUUGUUUCUGGAGCAAACGUGACGGGUUUUCACAGCUGGAAGUCGGAAAACGGGUCGGAAAAGCCAAACGUCCUCUGUCCGGAUUUUUGUUUCCUCCGAGACACGCACUUCUAUGACCGAUGCUGCGCCUGUGAGGGAAAACCGAUCUGGCACCUCGAUUCCAAUCUUACUUAUUUCCCUUUGUUUGUUGAGUACGUGAAUUCGUUUGGAAGAUCAAAUAUUGUUGGAAAUGACUCGUCUUCUUCUUUCCAUUGGGUGAUUCAUGAAUAUGAAAGACUGAGCAGGUUACCAGACAAUCUGUGUGAAUUUAACAACACCCUGGUUACUCUUAAGCUGAAAGGAAACAGAAUACAAAGUAUUGAAGGAAUUAAUUGCACGAAUUUUCUUGACUUUUUGGAUUUAAGUGAAAAUUCGAUUUCAGCCAUAUCCAAUGAAACAUUUUCUGGUAUGCCUAACUUACGUAUUCUUUUUCUGACCAAUACGAACAUAAAAACUGUUGGACCAAACACAUUCAAUUCGGCGGGCACAGAAAUUUUUGUCACAGAUUUAUCAAACAAUACUUUCUUAUCUUAUGAUGUAUCUAAUGUUUACUUUGAGCGUAGGGCGUUUUGUAACAUCACUAUGGUUGAUUGCAAUAUAACAUUUGUGAUAAAAGAAGAAAAAACUUUGCAAACAGGGGUCAAAUAUGGUGGUGGAGAAGUUGUACUUGCUGAUUCUACCAUUAACCAUCACCCUGUACAGUUAAUAUUUGGAUCUAGCAUUUCGUCGCUUCGAAAUAUAUACAAGUAUGACUUCAAUGGCAGGUUUACCUUUAAGAAGCUAGUCAUCCCUUGUGAUUGUAAUUUAGGAGCGCUGCUGGGUGGAGAUAUGGCGGUAUUUAAAAGAUUUUAUCAUUUAGAUGACGAUUUAUAUACGUGUUCGUCCCCGGAGCAUCUGAAGAAGUUCAAUGUUUUGAAUGUAUUUAAUGACUCGUCGUUAUUAGACAUGUUCGUUUGCCAUAAACAAAAAUUUUGUCCGUCUUCCUGUUCUUGUAUAGAACAACCUAGUCGAUAUCGGAUGAUUGUGGACUGUUCGAAUCAAAAUCUCACAAGUCUUCCAUCAUAUCUUCCUGAAACUAUUUACAACAUAGAACUGAACUGCAGCAACAACGCGAUUAAAGAAGUAGAGCCCGUCAACUAUCUCAAAAACAUCACUGUCUUAGACUUAUCCGGGAAUCAAGUCACAGAGAUAUCUGACAAAGUUCCCUCCAGGCUAAAAAGUCUGGAAAAUCUAUACCUCACGGACCACAGUCUACCAAAACUCACACGAGGAUUUGCAGAUAUCGAUGCAAGUAAGGUCUGGUUUGGACGAAACAGUGUGCCCUGCAGCUGUCAGGAAAAAUGGAUAAAGGCCUGGAGAUUAGGGUCACAGGUCAAUAGUUCAAAUCCUCUACUGUGUCGAACAGAUUCGAAUGGUAUUCUUCGUGCUGAGGUAGCGUUUGACAGUUGUAUAGAAAACGAAUUCGACAAAACAUUUUUCGCUUUGUUUCUUCUUCCCGCUACAGCUUUGAUGGCCAUGGUUAUAGCCAAAGUCUUCAGAUUUGAUGCCAUCAUAAUCAAAAGUCGUUUUACAAAAAACAAGAACACAAAUUUUUGCUAUGAUGUUUAUGUUCUUUUUGACGACACAAAUUCAGAUAUUAUCAAGUAUGUACUUGACGUUUUUCGGUAUCUUCAACACAAUGGGUACAAGUGUUUUGUUCCACCAAUUCACGAAGAGAUCGGCGAUGUACGGGACGUCCAACUGUAUGAGAAUAUUAAGAAAAGCCGCUCAGUAUUGGCGGUCUUGUCAAUGCCGAAAGAUGGUGACGACAUAAAUGAAGUGCUUAUGGGGAUGAACCACGCAUGGUGUCUGUUCUCUAACAAUGAAAUUGAAAAUAUUAUUGCAGUCGUCUUUGAAGGAAAACUUGCAUUCCACAAGAAACGGUUUUCUUUUUUGGGAGCUUUAAACCGGUUUAAACGUGUUUUUAAAGUUACCAGCCGGAAAUACAGAGUCAAACAGAAACUUACAGAGGCACUUCCGAUUCCUAAUCAAGACAAAACAAACACUAAUUAA